AUGUUCCAAUCUGCACGGAUUUUCGUUAUCUUUGCGUGGGUUUUUGUGAAGUUACAUUUUUGUUUUAAACAAAGGGAAAAUAAGCUGGAUUUGGUUGUGUUAAGCUCCAGUUGAGGUACUCAGAUCGGCUCUUCAGAUCGUGUGGGAAAAGAAUACAACUCAUAUUGGUUCCCAUUUUAGAAGCUUGGAAAAACAGUGGAAGAGCCUAUUUUGGCCCGUGGCACUGCAAAACCGCCUCCAGAGUGGGGCUGCAAGCCGAACGAGGAGAUCAAGGCGUAUUUGAACAGUCCGGACAGAUGUCCGAGAUACGUCGAAAAGGUGAGUUUUCAAAAAAAAAAGAAAUCUCUUUCCAUAACUUUCUUUCUCAAACUCAUUCUUAUAGCUUCUAGGAUGGGCUCUAUCUGUGAAGUCUUGAUAAAGAACCAGGAAAAACCCAAAUUCAAAAGGUUAUGAUCAGAAGGUUACGACGUCUUUCACUGCGUUUUCAGAAGUUUUCAAGGUUUUUCUUAGUCAAACUAAAAAUUCCAUAUUCUAUUCUUUUCACCGCUUAAGAUCUCAAUCAGAUCAUCCAGCUCUCAAUCUACAAGGGAAUCAAAAAAAUCUUAUAAUCAACUUCUCGGUUUCAGGUACCGGUUAUUGGAGCCCGACCGCCAAUGGAACCAAAACCACUCCGUCUUCCUUCCAUCAUGGUUUCUCCAAUAUUUCUUCUUUUUCCAUCAAAUUAAUUUUUUCAGACCAAAUGA